AUGCCUGGACCAAGCCAGAUGAUUCUGCUGGCCGUCGGGUUCUCUGUAGCUGCCUCUACAGCCAGCUGUCCAGACUACUCAGCGUACUCGAAGCAGAUGCACGAGCCGCGAAGCAACGGCUCCUACCGGCUGAGCGCCAUGCGUCCGGAGCGGGCGUGCCGCACGUUCCACUCGUCCGUGGUCGAGCAGACGAUUGCGGCCGUGCAGGCCGACAUGGCCGAUCCCGACCUGUCGCGGCUCUUUGCCAACGCCUUUCCCAACACGCUCGACACGGCGAUCCGGUGGCAUGGCGUGGCGGCCGACAACGCCGCCGAGGAGCUGACCUUUGUCAUCACCGGCGACAUUGACGCCAUGUGGCUGCGCGACUCGGCCAACCAGCUGCAGUCGUAUCGGUCGCUGCUCAAGGCCGACACCAACAACAGCAGCAACAGCAGCCUGGCCUCGCUGUACCGCGGCGUCAUCAACCUACAGGCCCGCUACCUGCUGCAGGCGCCGUUCUGCAACAGCUUUCAGCCGCCGGCCGAAUCGGCCCUCGCUCCGGCCGUCAACGAUGCCGCAGCCGACGAUUCGGUCACGCCGUCUUACUCUACCGAUCACGUGUUCGAGUGCAAGUUUGAGCUCGACAGCCUGGCCGCCUUCCUCCAGCUCUCGGCCGACUACUUUGCCGCCACCGACGACGCCGCCUUUUUCGCUCGCUUCCGCUGGCUCGACGCCGUCCAGGCUGUCCUCCACACCGCCGUGGCCAUGCAGACGCCCACCUAUGCCGCCAAUGGCUCCGUCCUGGCCUCGCCCUACACCUUUCGUCGCCAGACCACUCGUGCCACCGAGACGCUCGCCAAUGAUGGCCGUGGAAGUCCUGUCGCCGCUGGCACCGGCCUCAUCCGCUCCGCCUUCCGUCCUAGCGACGACAGCACCCUUCUGCAGCUCUUCAUCCCCGCCAACAUGAUCGGCCUCGCUGAUGACAUGCACCGCCUCGCCGCUGACGUUCGCGCUGCCAUCGCCCGCUUCGGCCUCGUCGACAACCCCAACCAGAACGGCUCGAGCGUCUACGCCUACGAGGUCGACGGCUUCGGCUCUGCCGUCCUCAUGGAUGACGCCAAUAUCCCCAGCCUGCUGGCCUCUCCCUUCUUCGGCUUCACCACCGUCGACGACCCGCUCUAUCAAAACACCCGCGCCGCCAUCCUCAAUCAGAACGCCCGCCCCGGUAACCCCUACUUCAUGCAAGGCCCCGUCAUCAGCGCUGUCGGCGGCCCACACGACGGCCCCGGCAUGGCCUGGCCCAUGGCUAGCAUCGUGCGCAUCCUCACCAGCGAUGACGACGACGAGAUUGCCGCUCAGCUCAAGAUGCUCGUCAGCAGCACUGACGGCCUCGGCCUCAUCCACGAGAGCAUCAACUCUUUCAACCAGUCCGACUGGACUCGCCAAUGGUUCUCCUGGGUCAACGGCCUCUUCGGCCAGAUGAUUCUGGAUCUGAGGGAGAGAAAGCCGGCUUUGCUGAAGCUGAGCUACCAGCCAUGA